UUUCUUUUCCUCUACUCCAAAGAUAUCUCGGUUCGCAAAAGUCUAUUUAAUUUCAUAGCAAUCUCACUUUUCUCUUCCCCCACCCUCAAAGAUCUCUCAAAGAAUGGCUUCCGCGGCUGUUGCAUCGAUGGUUCUUGACCCUAAAGCAUCACCGGCCUUGAUGGAUCUAUCCACCGCAGACGAAGAAGAUCUCUAUGGCCGCCUCAAAUCGCUUGAACGACAACUAGAGUUCACCGAUAUCCAAGAAGAAUAUGUGAAAGACGAGCAAAAGAAUCUCAAACGAGAGCUGUUACGAGCACAAGAAGAGGUCAAACGAAUUCAAUCCGUGCCUUUGGUGAUAGGUCAGUUCAUGGAGAUGGUAGAUCAGAACAACGGCAUCGUCGGAUCUACUACUGGCUCCAAUUACUAUGUCAGAAUUCUCAGCACAAUCAAUAGAGAACUCUUAAAGCCUUCUGCUUCCGUCGCUCUUCACCGUCACUCCAACGCCCUUGUUGAUGUUUUGCCUCCGGAGGCUGAUUCUAGCAUCUCCCUUCUCAGCCAAUCUGAGAAGCCUGACGUCUCCUACAAUGAUAUUGGAGGAUGCGAUAUUCAGAAACAGGAAAUUCGUGAGGCUGUUGAAUUGCCUCUUACCCACCACGAGCUUUACAAACAGAUUGGUAUUGACCCACCUCGUGGAGUCUUGCUCUAUGGACCUCCUGGUACUGGAAAGACUAUGUUGGCUAAGGCUGUUGCCAAUCACACAACUGCUGCCUUCAUUAGGGUUGUUGGAUCCGAGUUUGUGCAAAAGUAUCUCGGCGAGGGACCUCGUAUGGUUCGUGAUGUCUUCCGUCUUGCCAAGGAAAAUGCUCCAGCUAUCAUCUUCAUUGAUGAGGUAGAUGCCAUCGCUACUGCUAGGUUUGAUGCUCAAACAGGAGCCGAUAGGGAAGUUCAGCGUAUUCUCAUGGAGCUUCUUAAUCAGAUGGAUGGAUUUGACCAGACCGUGAAUGUCAAGGUCAUAAUGGCAACAAACAGGGCAGACACUCUAGAUCCUGCUCUCUUACGUCCUGGAAGACUUGAUCGUAAGAUUGAGUUCCCCCUUCCUGAUAGACGUCAAAAGAGGCUUGUUUUCCAGGUAUGCACCUCCAAAAUGAACCUUAGCGAUGAGGUUGACUUGGAAGACUAUGUUUCACGGCCUGAUAAAAUUAGCGCUGCUGAGAUAGCAGCAAUUUGCCAGGAAGCUGGUAUGCAUGCGGUGCGAAAGAACAGAUAUGUGAUACUACCUAAGGAUUUCGAGAAGGGCUACCGCGCAAAUGUUAAGAAGCCAGACACGGACUUUGAGUUUUACAAGUGAAGAGAAAGCAGAAGUGGAACCAGAUUAUGGCUGUUGUUAAAAUUCCAGUGUGUUUUGAGAAUUAUUAAGGACAUGGAAUCAAAUUUGCAGUUAAAUUAAGAACUAAGUUGCAUCUCCUAAUUUCUGUAACUCGAGUUCACAUUUGUUUUUAGUCUAUCAGCUUUUUACAGUUUAAUGUAUAAGAAAAACUGGGGAUGGUGUCCUUAGAAUUGCCAGAGCAUGGUAAUAAUUAUGUCUCCUCUGAUUAAAAAGACAACAAAAAUAGUGAUGAUAUUAGGAGCACGCUGCACUGCUCAAUGUUCAUAGAAAACUUCAGACUUCAAUAAUGCCUAAAUGUGUUGGAUCUUGUUUUGGAGUUGGUGAUAGAUGAUGAAAUGACCAGUAUUACUAUUACAUAGUAUCCGCAAAUCAAGAAUGAUGCAAAUCAAGAGAAAACAGUAGCAAGAGUGGUUGGACAGGUAAGAACUAUUACCAUAUCUAAAUGAUUACUUUAAAAAUAACAACUUGGAUCAAGAUGGUUUUUGUUUUCAUGUAUUUGUCAUUUUGCUAUCUCAUAAGAAUCUUAAGCUUGGUCAGUCUCUGGGUCUCUCUACAUUAGCGUUUGUUGCGGUGUUUACACACCAAUAUGAUUUGAUCUAAAGACUCCUUUUGAAGACUGUCUUACCCUUAACGAAUACGCCUCUUUUGUUUAACUUCACCACACUCUCUCUCUCUUUCUUCUUCUUCUUCUUCUUCUUC